CAACUGCGUGACGGUGUCAAGUGCAUGGAAAACACCACCUCAUCAGAAAACACCAGCCCAUCACACCUGUCAGACUCAAAUGUUCGUCGUUACUGUCUCAGUCCUGGAAAUCUUCAGACAGAGACACCGUCACACUGAGCCAUGGAGAAUUUUGCGUUUUUACUGAUUUUCCUACUUGAUGUUUUGGUGUGUUUGGGAACUGGUCAACAACAUUUACGCGCACGUGUAGGACCGUGGAGACACCAGAUUCAGUGGGAGAAUAACGGUCAGCUGUACAGUCUACUCAGCACCGGGACUCAAUACCGCUCCCCCGCGCAGGCUAGAAGACGCACCCAGCUUUUACUAACUUCUAAAAACAGUUUUAACCAAGUUAACCCUCCUGUUGCUUCAGUUAGAUCCACCAGAAGCAGAUCUGGAGACCUCCAGGACGCAGCCGGGGCUCGGUCUCAACAAAACGACCUCAGUCAAACGGAUGCAUCGGUUCUCGGUGCUGAUGCAGGUCAGUAUUUACUCGCCUCAGGGCGACCAGGGGAACAGAGUCAGUCCGCACCGCGCAUGGCCUCUGCCGGGGAGGCUGUGGCUUUGGGAUACCGUUCACACCAGGCUCCAUCAAAUAGCAGCGCUGCCGCUUUCACUUCCAUCCAGGAGUUCUCCGGCAGCGGAGUCCUACGAGGUGGCCGGAGUACAGCUGGAGAUGACGCUGGUGCACAACAGGUAGCUGCGUCACCGGUAAGAUCACCGGGCUUUACGCACAACCGAGGCGGUCGGAUAACAUCUGAGAACUCGGAUUCAAGUGCACGAUCACCUUCCCCAUCUGGAUGGGUCACCAUGGCUGAGGAUAGUGGGAAUGCACGUCGCUUCCCCCAGCAAACCAGUCUGGGUGAUGCUCGCAGCUCGCAAAGAGCGCACACGCUGACCAGGGUCACACCGGAGCCAAAUGUUUCUCCCACAGCGAUGUCCAGCAACGCCGUAGAAAUACACUUUACCCGACCAAGGCCGGAUGCAAUACGAACUACAGACACCAGUGACCCACGAGAUCCACACAGUAUUCACCACAGGAACUCGGUUUUCUAUAAUGUUUACCCGGCGGACCGCAGAAACAGGGUCACUGCGCGCCUUCCACCAGGAACCGGCUAUGGCACCAGAUUCUUCCACAAUGGUCUCCCAGACUUGGUUCCUGACCCCUAUUACAUCCAAGCUGCCUCUUACAUCCAGAGAGUGCAGAUGUAUGCACUUCGCUGUGCUGCUGAAGAGAACUGUCUAUCCAGGUCUGCGUAUCAUCCGAGUGUGAGCGACCUCGACUACAGAGUGCUGCUGCGGUUCCCACAGCGAGUGAAGAAUCAAGGAACAGCAGAUUUCCUCCCAGUGAGGCCCCGACAUGAGUGGGAAUGGCACAGCUGUCACCAACAUUACCACAGUAUGGAGGCCUUCAGUAACUAUGACCUGCUGGACGUCUCCACUGGACAGAAGGUGGCUGAGGGACACAAGGCCAGUUUCUGUCUGGAGGACACAUCAUGUGACCCGGGAAUACGACGGCGCUUUGCCUGCACCGCUCACACACAGGGGCUUGGUCCCGGUUGCUACGAUACAUAUCACGCAAACAUCGACUGCCAGUGGAUCGACAUCACUGAUGUACCACCUGGAAACUACAUACUCAAGGUGACAGUGAAUCCUUCUCAGCUGGUCCAGGAGUCUGACUUUUCCAACAAUGAGGUUCGCUGUGACAUCAGGUACACAGGAAUCUACGUCCAGGCAAGAAACUGCAGGAUUACUGUCUGACCUGAUUGAAGACAAACAUUUUCCUACAGAAAUAUGUAUUUAAUACCUUACUGUUGCUCUCAGCAUACAGUUGCUACUCUGUUGUGCCGCUGUUUUACACUUGUUUACUUUUCUCCUAGAUUUGUCUUUUUGUAUUUAUGACAUUUAAUAUAUUGUAGCUGCAGCCAUGGUGGCUAGAUGUUAUCUUUUUUGUAAGAAUAUUAAUUUUCACUGGAUUUUUAAGCAAUGUAAGACUUCAGGACCUUAAAUUCUUUCUUUUCUACUAUGUGACUGAAUAGGUGCUUAUUGGUGCUAUGGUGCUCUUCCGUCCCUACAGCUUUUGGUUGCAUUAGAUAAAAGUUCCCCUGUUUAAUAGUGAUCAAAUAGGUAUUGUGAACGAUAUCUACAAGUGCUAUUACAAUAUAGAAAAAAAACCCUUCUGUAUCUAUAUUCUAAUGUUUGAGUUUGUGCAUUUCUGUGUAGAUUACCCUGUCAUACUGUCAGUGACAAUAUAUAAUUUUUUUCCAAUCUAGUGGAAGGAUUUUGAAUGCUUGAAAGGUUUUCUGCAUUUUUUUAAAAUCAUGUUUUAUAAUAAAGUUUGUUUUUACUUUUUGGAAACAAAAGUGCCCUUGAAAAUGGAUGCCUUACUUUUUUUCUGUUGACAACCUGGUGAUCAAAACAUAGGUUUAAAUACUCACUACAGACUAGGGAUGGGGUAAUUUGAACAAAUAUUUAAAAACAUGAGGUCAUUCCA